AAAACGGAUGUGAUGCUUUGGGGAAGUACAUAUACUUAUGCGUUCCCCGACGUAUCAAACACUUGUAGAACGCGGGUUUCGAUCCGUGCCCAUGAACUCCUGUAUCUUCUGCUAAAUUAUGCAAUUCAACGCGCUAACCUCCUGCAGAAAACCUCUCCCUCUUCUCUGGCUUCUGCAAAUCGAAAGCCUUCUCUCUCUUGCUUCCAGUCUCUCUCUUCUGUGGCUUCUUCUGGACUAAAUCUCUUUUUCUGUUGCUUUCUCGAGGUACGAUCCACGCUUUGCAAUGGCGUCUUCAUCCGUAACCCUCAGCCGAUUUAUACCUUGCGCUGAUUCCAGCCCAAAGCUCUCAACUUUGAGCACCAGACCAGAAAACGCAAUCAGUCUCCCUUCUCGUAUCAGGCCCAAGGUGAGGAAAACCUCUGUAAUGGUAAUGACCUCCAUUCAUGGUGAUAAUCCUUUGGAAGACUCUUCCAAAACCAGAGCUCUAGACUUGCAGAGAUUGUUCGCUGAUGAACCUGCUCCAAAAGAAUCUGUUUCGUUGCCGAGGCCUCUUUCGGUGACUGAUUUGUCAGGGUCAGUCAAUCGAGGGUCUCGACUACGAGUAGCUUACCAGGGUGUUCCUGGUGCCUACAGCGAAGCUGCGGCUGCAAAAGCCUACCCCAAUUGUGAAGCCGUUCCUUGUGAACAGUUUGAAACUGCUUUUGGUGCUGUUGAACGAUGGCUUGUUGACAGAGCAGUUUUACCAAUUGAGAACUCGCUAGGAGGCAGCAUUCACCGCAAUUAUGACCUUUUGCUUCGCCAUAGACUGCACAUUGUUGGGGAAGUACAAUUUGCAGUUCGACACUGCUUACUGGCUGUCCCAGGUGUAAAAAUUGAGAAUCUUAAAAGAGUUCUUAGCCAUCCUCAAGCUCUUUCACAGUGUGAGAAUAAGCUAACGAAGUUGGGAGUUGUGAGGGAAGCUGUAGAUGACACUGCAGGUGCUGCACAUUUAGUUGCCACCCAUGAACUCCAAGAUGCCGGUGCUGUUGCUAGUGCUCGAGCUGCAGAAAUUUAUGGGUUGGACAUUCUUGCACAAGACAUCCAGGAUGACUCUGACAAUGUCACUCGAUUCCUGAUGCUUGCAAGAGAACCUAUAAUACCAGGUGUGGACAGGCCAUUCAAGACGAGCAUAGUUUUUUCCCUGGAGGAAGGAUCCGGGGUACUUUUCAAGGCACUCGCCGUCUUUGCUAUGAGGCAGAUUAACCUUACAAAGAUUGAAAGCCGACCGCGAAGAAAACACUCACUGCACAUUCCCAUUCCUGAAGAAUGCAGUAAUGGAUCUCCAAAGUACUUUGAUUACCUCUUUUAUGUCGAUUUUGAUGCUUCAAUGGCUGACGAGAGGGCACAAAAUGCGCUAAGGCAUCUCAGGGAGUUUGCGACAUUCCUUAGAGUUCUUGGAAGCUACCCCAAGGAUAUAAGUCAGGUGUAGCUGCUCAAACUCGGACAAUACGCGAGGUGGAUUAUAGUGUCAAUCAAAUCAGCCACUUGAAGAUGCAUAUGGAGAGAGAGAGAGAGAGAGAGAGAGAGAGAGAGAGAGAGAG